GUCCUUGAGAGGGAGGAAACGAGUGCCGUUGCCAUCGCAUCAGGAGAAUUCGUACGAGGAAAACAUAGGCGCGGAUCUUCACUCGCAUCUGACGCUCUCCGCGGGGCCGCGAGAGGAUGAGGAGAAUAGCUUCGAGGACCGCAAUCGGACGGUUCGCAGGCGCAACAUGCCCCAUCAUCCCUUUUCCCCCGAGGACGCGCCUUACAUGCAGGCGUAUAGCCAAAUCCUGCUUGAGAACGACUACCAGACCCACAGGUUGCUAUGCAAGCUCGCACGAGCAGACACGCCGACGUUUCACAACUUCGGCAAGAAGCCGCCUUCGGACGUCCUGGACCUGGGAUGUGGUGAAGGCUUCUGGGUUCUGCAUGCUGCGAAGCUGUGGAAGUCGAGCAACACACGGAUAGUCGGCCUGGACCUCAUCGACGUGCACAACAACGAGGCUGGAGAGGUCCACCCGCAUCUCGAGCCGGAACAUGCUGCGAAGAACGUUGUCUGGAAACGAGCCAACUUCGUCAAGUAUCCGCUGCCAUUUCCAGACAAUUCCUUCGAUCUCGUGCGAAUGGCAAAUCUCACCCUCUGCAUCCCCGUGAGUAGAUGGAAGUUCGUGCUCACACAGGUACGAAGGGUCCUCCGGCCGGGCGGCCGACUGGAGCUCAUCGAUGACGACCUGUUCUUCCCGACGAUCCUCCCUCGCCCAACUAGAGACGACCCGCGUUCACUAUCGAGACCCAACUAUCAGCGCGCGGCCAAUUCCGAGAACAUAGUGCUGGGUCUCUCUUCGCCCAUCUCCCGCGCGCGGUCCGAGAAACCCCUCCCCAAACUCCCUUCCUUCGAGCGCUCGCCCAACUUCAAGAACGGCCACGCGCGUACAUCCUCCGAGGUCGACUUCAGCGCGAACAGCAUUAUCGCAACGCAUCUCGAGACGAUCUUCCAGAACAUGCUCACAAACAGGUACGGCAUCGCCCCCCGCCCGCACACCUUCCUCGAGCACAUGCUCCGCGAGGUCUUCGGCCUUUCCUGCGCGCAUCAGACGCAUCACUUCGAGCUCGCGGUGCCCUCUCGCGAUCUCGUGGAGCAGUGCGAGAACUUCGAGCCCAGCCCCCGCCCAAGGGUUUCGUCGCAUGCGAAACGCUUGAGCGAGGACGAGAAGCGUGGCAAGGGGUCACCGUGGACGCGCACCUCGCCAUCCUCGCCCGUGUUAGCGUCGUCUCCUUUGUCAGGGACCCGCUCACAGCGCACGAGCGACGAGCAUCCGCGCGUAGACCCGGCUAUGCUCCACACGGCCACCCCCAAAGCGCGGCAACUGCUGCUCGGGGACGGGAGCAGCCUCGACAGCCGGACUCCGUCGUGGAAGGAGGCCGGGCCAUACCAGCCACCAGGGCUUGUCCUGUUACCAGCGACGCUUAUUCCCUGCACGCCGCUCGAGCUGGAAAUGCACGCGUGCAAGCACAUGAACACGCUCCUAGGAUGCAAGGACGCGCUGUCGAAGUACGUGACGGCGCAGAAGGGCCGGCAUGGGAAGCCGGUUGUCUCAGAGCGUGAGCUCGACGACUAUUUGUGGGACUACGAAUGCUUCCGACGGAAGCGUUUCAACUGGCCUCAGGACGUGCCUGGGCUCCAGCUGGAGGACGACUUUGAUGAAUCUGUUGCGCCCUCACCACCUGCCACGAAGACUAUCUUUAAGUUCUCCGCCGGCACGCCUCCGCAGGCGAAGCGCACCGUGUCAAUUGACGGGCUUCGCGCGCAUGUUUAUGGCGGUGCCACGGCAUCAACGGCAUCAAAGGAGCACUCGACACACGUUCGGACGAUCCGAGUGUACGAGGCGACAAAGUCGAUGCACCCUGGGGAAUGCGGGUACGGCGACCACUAGUUCUGCUGAGCUUUACUCCUUCCCUCCUCUCCCCUCCCCUCUCUUCCCGCGCUCCGAUUCUCGAGACUUUUGCAUCCUGAUUGGUCAUCAUGGCGCGAUUCCUUGGGUACUAGCUUCAUUUCAUUCGUCUUUGCGCAUGCUCGCAUCAUACCACGCUGCAUACACACAUUCUCUCUUCGCAUUCAUGACCGCCCAGCAUUCGACCAUCAUCAAUACUUAGCCGGAGCUGCUCUAAUCUUGCACCGUGCUCGCCAUCAUUCCUUCGCCCUUCGAUCGCAUUUGCAUACAUACCACCG